AUGUCUAAAAGAGAUCCGUCAGAUCGACAUGGACAUGACCGAAAGUUGGAUCCGAGUGACUAUGAAAACUUGAUAUCACAACAUAAUUUAUUCGAGGCUUCACGAUCAAAACACCAAGAACUACCAAGUUUUCCAGGAUUUUCCAAUGCUGAAACGCAAACGAAAAACAGUGAUAUAAAAGAACAGGCAGUGCACUCUGGUCUUGGGCCCUGGCAUUACAACCCCUGGUGGGUGCUCGCUGGGGCCGCCGGCACUAGCACUGCAAGGGCCCUGCCGUCUCAAGACGGCUAUUCAGAACACAGUGAACAAACUAAAGUGAAACAAGAGCCACCUGGUCCUGGGACUCCAGACAGGGACCCACUACAAUCGGACUUGGAACAGUUUCAAGCAGAAACAGUUACACCUCCAGUUGGAUUGGAUUCUUUUUGUGAUGACUGUUCAGACCCAUUUUGUGACUCAAGUUCAGCAAUAUGUCGCAAAUUAUUCCACUGUCCCCACUGCCGAAAGAGCUACCCAACAAUUUUAGAAUUUAACACGCAUUUGACAGGAGUUCAUCCAGCACAAAAGCCUUUUCGAUGUCAAAUAUGUUUGGAACCUUUUUAUAAAAAAUCACAGCUACGAAGACAUCUGGAUGCUAAUCAUACACGAAAAGAUGUGAACAAAUGCUCAGUGUGCUCCAAAUAUAUUAAGGAUAAGAGCAAUUUACGUAAACACAUGCAAGUACACACAGGUCGUGUACCUCAGAAACAAUUCAAGUGUGAUCUGUGCAACAACAAGCGCUACAUGUCAUUAGACAGACUUAACAAUCAUAAAGUGGUGUGCACAGGAGAGAAAGUUCUCAAGUACUGUGACAUGUGCACUAAAGUUUUUGAUAAUUCAAGAUCACUUAAUAGCCACAAAAAAGUACAUGCUAGGGAAUUGAAGUGUGACAACUGUGGAGAACAAUUGCGCUCAUUAGAGCAAUUUACAAAUCAUAAGAUGAUUUGUCAAGGAGCUACAUCAGAAGCAAGCGCUAGCCAUGGUCAAGCUAGUUCAGGACACGCUGGUAUGCCAACCAUGGGGCGCUGUUGCACUCAGCCUGGAAUAUGUGAACAUGACAAGCCGGCCUACUUGAACAUACCCGGAUAUGCGGCUGGUAGAGUGCUGGAUGCCACUCUUUCCUCUUUGAAAUCAGAGCUAAACUGA